AUGGAACUGGAUGUCCCCGAAGAGUAUUUAGAUAUUUUUGAGGUUUUAGAUGACGACGCAAUAGAGUUAGAAUUUAUUUUUUUUGGUAUUCCAAAACAGAUAUAUCAGAGAUCAGAUUUUUUUUCUUCACUAGACGAUAUUGCAUUUAAACGUCGUUUUCGUUUAAGCAAAGAGUCAGUUUUAUUUGUCUUAACAUACAUUGAAACAGAUUUGGAGUAUUCAAAUGACUUGAACCAAUCAGUUUCUCCAAUUAAUCAACUUCUGACUUUUUUGAGAUUUUGUGCUACUGCUAAGCAUUAUAUGAGUGUUGGAGAUUUUAUGGGAUGCCACUUGUCUACUAUAUGUAGAAUAAUACACAGAGUUGCAAGGGCCAUAUCUUUAAAGUGCAAAAAAUUUAUAAGUAUGCCUAAAAAUGAUACAGAAUUGAAAGAAGCAGCUAACGAUUUUUUUAAAAUAGCAAAGUUUCCACGAAUCAUUGGAACUAUUGACUGCACUCAUAUUAGAAUACAAUCAUUAGGAGGGGAUGAUGCAGAGAUUUAUAGAAAUAGAAAAGGGUACUUUUCUAUUAAUGUGCAGGCAAUAUGCAGAGCUAAUUUGAAAGUAUCAAAUAUUGUAGCACGUUGGCCAGGAUCCACCCAUGAUUCUACUAUUUUUAAUAAUUCUAGGGUUCAUUCUGAAUUUGAAUCAGGUGUAUUUAAAAACUAUCUUAUACUAGGUGAUAGUGGAUAUCCAGUAUUAAAAUAUCUUAUGACACCUCUAUUAAAUCCUAAUUCUCAAAGUGAACAAUUAUACAAUGAAUCGCAUAUUCGUACCAGAAAUACUGUUGAAAGGUGUUUUGGCGUUAUUAAACGACGAUUUCCUAUUUUAGCUUAUGGUAUCAGAAUGAAAAAAAUUGACACAAUAAUGGCAAUUAUAACUUCAACUUUCAUUCUACACAAUAUCGCCAUUCAAUUUAAUGUAGAAAUACCUGAUAUUGAUGGAAAUGAUCCUUUGUCAUUAUUAAUUAACAAUGGUGACCUUAACAUAAAUGCAAUAAAUAACCAACAACAACAAGAUGAUGUAGGUGGAAUAAAUCAAAGAGCCAACAUAAUCAACCAUUAUUUUAGUCGAUUGUAA